UGUUGCUGUCAGUUCCGUGUAACAUGGCGAGAUAUUCGCCUCGUGCUGUUGAGAAGAUAUUGACUAUAUUGUUGUUAUUCGUAAUAGUCAAUCCAAGCAAACCUGCUUUCUUAGAAGAUCCGAACCUUCCUGAAUUUAUUUCAGCAACAUCAAAGCCCCCGGUUGAAUAUGAAAACGACAAAAAAAUUAUUUUUGAAGUGCGUGGAAGGAAUAUCCAGAAAGACAUUAUUAUCAAGGCAACUAAAAAUAAAUCUGAAAGAGAUUCUGAAUGUGAGGACUUGACGGUACCAUAUAAUAUUAGUGAAAUACACGUUUCAGAAUUUAAAACGGCACAAUAUGAGUUGACAGUGCCAAGAACUUUGCAGGGUGAUAUUUAUCUUUGCUUACCUCGACAAAUUAAAAAACCUAGUGUACAAGUACCCCAACUUUUUCACCCAAAGUUAUUUUAUAAGUGGGUUCAUCAAGGACCUAAUGUUAGUGUGAAUGUUACUUCCGACGAUUCAAGUUUAAGAUUAUCCCUUCAAAGAAGGCAAGUGAUCGAUCAAGCAGUUACAUUAAAACCCAUUGUAUUGGGGCUCCGAUUAGAGAAAGCCUACAAAGAACCUGAGUUUGAUGAGGACGGUGUACCAGAACUGCUUUCAAAUCAUGACCAAGUCUUCCGAAUAUUUGGGGAGAAUUUGACUCCCAGGACGCUUAUCUCAUUUACUGCCAAAGCAAAUGAUUGUGUGAUAAUUGUUGGUGACAUAUUUCAUAUUGAUAAUUCCACACUUUCACCAACUUCUGCGAGAGUAACUAUAAAUCUUCCUGCAUCAUCUAGCGGAGAACCAUACUACCUUUGUGCUAAAGAUGGGGCCGAUGACUCAUCCAAGAUUUUUACUCACCAAGGAUCCCACACAUGGAAUCAAAUCAAAAUUCACGACAAGAGAAUUCCGUUGUGGGCCACUCUUCUUCUUAUUUUCGUAUGUUUGUGCUUCUCCGCUUGCUUUUCGGGACUUAAUUUAGGUUUGAUGUCUCUGGACAAGACUGAAUUGAAGAUUUUAUGUAACACUGGUACCCCAGACGAAAAGAAAUAUGCAAAAGCUAUACAACCGGUUAGAAACCACGGCAAUUAUCUGCUGUGUUCCAUUUUGCUGGGUAACGUAGCUGUGAACUCCGUAUUUACAGUAUUAUUGGAUGAUUUGACAUCCGGUCUAGUUGCUGUCAUCUUCUCCACCUUGCUGAUUGUACUUGUGGGUGAAAUUGCACCUCAGGCUAUUUGUGCUCGCCAUGCAUUAGAAAUCGGUGCUAAAACUAUCAUCUUAACCAAAGGUUUAAUGGUACUCACUUUCCCAUUGUCAUAUCCCGUCGCCAAGUUUUUGGAUUGUCUUCUUGGUGAAGAAAUCGGACAAGUCUACACAAGAGAGAGAUUGAAGAAAUUAGUUACGGAAACAGCUGGCGAAAACGAUCUGGACAAAGACGAGGUAAACAUAAUCAGCGGUGCUUUGGAAUUACGCAAGAAAACAGUAGCAGAAUGCAUGACAAAAAUAGAAGACGUAUUUAUGUUGGACUACGAGGCCAUUUUGGAUUUCGAAACCGUUUCGGAAAUAAUGAAGAGCGGCUUUUCACGUAUUCCGGUAUUUGAAGGAACACGUCUAAACAUAGUCACCAUGUUGUACAUUAAGGACCUGGCGUUCGUCGAUCCAGACGACAACACUCCUUUGAAAACAUUGUGUCAAUUCUAUCAGAAUCCCUGCAAUUUUGUUUUCGAAGAUGUUACUUUGGAUGUUAUGUUUAAAAUAUUUAAGGAAGGUAACAAAGGUCAUAUGGCAUUUGUACAUAGAGUUAACAACGAAGGGGAAGGUGAUCCAUUCUAUGAAACCGUUGGUCUGAUUACCUUAGAAGAUGUCAUUGAAGAGUUGAUCCAAGCAGAAAUUAUGGACGAGACCGAUGUAUUUACUGACAAUCGUUCUAAAAGAAAGAGGAAUGCUGAAAGAAGACAAGACUUUACAGUAUUUGCCGAGAAACGUGGUGAAUUAAACAAGAUGAGAAUCAGUCCCCAACUGACACUUGCCGCUUAUCAAUAUUUAAGUACAAGUGUGGAACCCUUCCAUCCAAAUGUGAUAUCUGAGACAAUCUUACGUCGUCUUCUCAAACAGGACAUUGCAGUACACAUCAAAAAGAACAAGGAAUGGCGCACGGAUCCUGCUAACAUCAUUUACUCCCAAGGAAAAUCGGUUGAUUUCUUUGUUAUCAUCCUAGAAGGUCGCGUGGAAGUUACUGUUGGUAAAGAAAGUCUUAUGUUUGAAGGAGGACCGUUCACAUAUUUCGGUACCCAGGCUUUAGUACAAACUGUUGGUAUUGAAUCCCCUUCAGUGGCUGCAUCCACUAUGGGCAGUUUGGAAUCGCUGAAUAUCGAUUCACUUCUACGACAUACAUUCAUUCCCGACUAUUCAGUACGUGCUAGUACAGAAGUGCUUUACUUAAAAAUCAAAAGAAGUUUAUAUCUAGCAGCCAAAAGAGCUAGUCUUAUGGAGCGUUCCAAGAAAGGAGAGCAUCAAACACAACAACAAUUUGACGAAGAAGUCGAUAAACUUUUGCAUUCAUUGGACGAAGAUGAUGGCAUAAGUGCCGGUGCCCAGACACCGAAACGGAAAUCUUCAAGAAGAUCCCAAGAAAUCAAGCCAGAAAACUUAUCUAACCUCUCUAGCCAGACGAGUCCCAAAACUCCGUCACACUACAGCAACACCAGCCCUCCGCACAGAGUCAGCGCCCGUGACGUAAACGGCUCUAUAAAGGCGAGUCCCGUAGAUGAUAUCCAAAUCGUGAGCCCUAAAGACGAAGAAAAUACUAUGCUGCUACCCAAAAAUUCAUAACGACAUUUUAAGGCCCUAUUCAGUUAGGGUCGUUUUUUGCUUACUAUUAUAAAAUGGUACUUAAGAUUUUAAUUUUAAAUGUUUUCCGUGAAGUACUUACUACCUAAUAAGAAUACUUGAGCUGAAAAUGGUCGAAAUUUCAUUUUAACUUUACGUCGUUUUUAUCAAUUUUAAAUAACUAUUUUGUUUUAUUGUGUUUGUUUAUAUUAACUACCAUAUAUACCUAUGAAAAGUUCGUCUGUUGACAGCUCCUCUUGUGCUAUUUAUUAUUUUUAAUACUUUCCUCCAAAUCUGGCUGUAACAGAUUUUAAAUGGUAAAUUCAAAAUAAAAACUUGUCUAAACUAAAAAAACAGAAAAUAUGAAGCUUUAUUUUUACGUCUAUGAAAAUGUGAAGACAAUAAUUUCGGUAACGAUAUAAAUUCAGAAACAUAUCAAAUUUUUGAUCAGUUUAAUUCCAACAUAACGUAUGAAUUACGUCAGUAAAUUGAAGAUUUUUCGAGACGGAAUUGUCAGAGUCAAACAUUAUCAAACAAAAGUUACUUUAAUCCCAUGUCAUAUAUUAUGCCACAUUAACACACUUUAAUCAUCCUUAGAAACAAUUUUCCUUUUAUUUAAAAGUAUCAUAUGUGAUUAUGUGACGUCUGCAGUUGUUUACUAACCCCAGUAUACGAACACUGGGGUUCAGUCUGGUAGGCCCUCCCAGGACAGGCUGAAUAGGUGAAAUAACCCACCAGAAUCGAGAAAUCCCACGCCUAGUACCUUCUGCCUUAUGCAAUUCAAAAUCUUCUUCAAUAUAGUCCAGCCUCCUUCAUUUCUAUAAUUUUGGUAAGUCUUAUGCUUAUAGUCGUAUACCAUAGUUUAAACCCAUAAAUUUUGGCAUGAUUCGACUUAUAUCCCAAAGUUGAUUGAAACUGGCAGUAUAUUUUCUGAGAUUUGAAUUUUUUUCGGAUAGGCAGACAUACGGACGCCAUUUUUGUAAAUUAUAUUUAUUUAUUUUCAACAUCAUUCGACAAAUAAUUAUUAAGGACGCAGGAGAAAAUGCAGAUAAUCUUAUGUGUCAUGCAGAUAAUCUCUUAUUCUCCAUCUUGCACUGCAGAAUUAUUUACUGCAACAUAUUUCGUCCUUCAAUACCCAUUUUUGAUGUAGUUCUAUAGCCAAAUUUAGGAAGCCGUUAUUUCGAAAAUAUGAGAGACUUUAUAUUUUCAAACAACAAUUUUUAUUUACUCCUGUUAACCCGCGAGUAGUCGCGCCGUUAGAUAGAAUCUCACAUUUUAUCCUUUUUCGCGAUAAUUUGAUGAAAUUUUUUGUAAUUUUGAAAAAAAUUCAUAAGUGCCUCGAGGAAGGGUGUAGUAAUGCGUAGGUACUUUUUUUUUGUAAUGUAUGGAUUUGGGGAGAGCCAAUUAGCUUUAAUAAUUGUUAGAAAUAAUAUUUCUAACAUAACAAGUAAAUAAAAAUACUAUAGAAUAAAAAUUUGUUGUAAAUUCGUAUUUAAAUUCGUAUUGUGAGAUGAAAUUAACACGCCAUUAUUCACGUUACAGAAGUGAGCGCGACUACUCCCGGGUUAAUACACAAGAACUACACCGAAUAGAGUUAACCUAUUUGGAAGUAAAGUAUUGUUGACACCUCUCACUUUCAUUAUGGCAACUCUGACGUCAGUUGCCAAUUGUUACUAAACUAUCUCUCACCUGUCUGUUUAGUUUGUCAUAUACAAUACUUAAUUGUUAUAAUUAGUUAAUGAAUAAUAUUAUUUAAUCUGAAUUUUAUGGGAGUUAAACACUGUGUAAAAUUUAAAUACGCAAGUAGACAUUCCAAGUUACCUUGAGACGAUGUAAUGCUACAUGCUACCCGAAUCUUCACUUAAUUAAUAUGGUUUUUGUCCAAUUUCGUAAAAAUUUUAAACCGAAUUUACCAUUAAAAUCUGAAGAAUUCACAAAUAUUUCGACGAUUCAUAGUAACAUAUUAAAAAUACAUUUUUCUACAGCUACAGAAACCCCAUUAAAUAGAAACAUAUAUUUAAUACGUUACAAAUCGUUACAUCUUAGAUAAAUUUCUACACUUAUAUUAAAUGUAACUAUAUAGAAAAUGUUGCACGGAGUAUUUAUAUAACAAUUGAAGCCUGGUAGGCCUAAGUUUACGUAUACAAUCAAAUGAGCAAUAAUUGAUUCUUUCCAUUUUAUAGUGAAGUACUUAAGAUAUUACUGUAAUGUUGUUUCAGAGGUUUGAGGUAUCUAUUUAGAUGUAGAGUUGAACUAAUGUGCCAAGUUUUGAAAUCCUACAUAUACAUUUUUAAUUUAUGACAUAAACGUUUUUAAAAAUAGCUUUAAUUCUUUUAGCUCUUUAUUGUUACGAAUUAACAAAACUUGCGUGGAUUUGCAAAAAUCAAAAUGCACUAUUUACGAACCCUCAGCUAAUCUCUAAACCUAACAAAGCUCAAAACUGGGUAUCGGUAACAAUAUUACAUCUAAGAUACCCAAAAACUUUGAAAAAUUUUGUUUUUAAUCUAUUUUAAUUUGGGAAGUGGUACACGACUUAAAAUGGCAGCUACGAUUGUACAAUUGAUACAUUGUUUAAAUUAUUUGGAUUUAAUCCACGUUUUGACUACUGGGCACGAAAAGUACUGCUCUCGUUUCUUUACAUUUAUACAAGAUUCAAAUUUACAACCUCCAGUUCGUAGCUUAACCAUGGUACAUCGGCGAUAGACUUAAAAUCAGUAUUUAUUAUCAAAUUUAUUUUAUAAAAGUAUUACCACUUCCCAGCAUUAUUUUACUUAUUUUUUAUAAAAUGUUGUCUACAGGAAAACUAGUUUUGAUCUCGUCUGUUGAAAUUGAAAGAGCAAUUCCACAAUUUGGUGCACGCCAUAGAGACUAAACCAUAAGUGUGUCACUUAUUUCACGUUGCUUAGCAGGCAUGUUCAAAUAAUUAAACAAAUCGUCCUAUUAGAGGUAAAACUACACUUUUUAGAAAGUGGAGAAAAAUCGAUUUAAAGGUACAAAUUGUUUUUUAAAUUCACCUGACUUGAAUAUUGGAAUUUUUUAAAGGCAACUUUAAAGAAUAAAUAAAAACAAAUAUUUUAAGCCAUGUUUCGUCACAGGAACUAUGAUAUAAUCAAUAUUAGAUCAAUUUUUGUAAUUGAUGAGUUUUUCCAUGAACACAAUUUUUCAAUAUUGAUAUCCUAUUAGAGGUAAAACUCACUAACUACACUUUGUACUUGAUGAAUUUUUCCUUGAACACAAUUAUUGGAUAUUGAUAAGUUAAUGAAUUUGGCUCCAUAAACUAUCAUGACUGAAGUUAUGAUUCAAAAUAAAAGAAAUAAGUAACAAAAAAAUAUUACAAAAUGUUAAACCUAAAACAGAUUGUCUAACCUCUAACGGAACUAAAGCUGAGAAUCUGGUAAUGGUAAUGAAUGAUAAUGAACAAAAUGUAAAUAAACAAUUAAAUAAGUUUCUACAAAACAGUUCCCUCUAGGUAUCAAAAACAGAAGUAAAUUAUUGUUGAAAGAUCACAAAGUACCGAUCCGGCACUUCAUAUUGUAAGGAAAAAUUCACUAAGUGCAAUAAUAAGUUUUAAUGAGUUUUACCCUGAAACCAAAAUUCAAACGAAUGCAUUCCAGAUUAUAAGGAAAAUUCACUAAGUGCAAUAAUAAGUUUUGAUGAAUUUUACCCUGAAACCGAAAUUCACAAUAAUGCACUUAGUGAAUUGUACCAUAAAUUAUCUCAGCAAUUAGAAGAGUUAGAGCCUCACGUGACUUCUCCAGGGCUGGGCAGUACCGUAUUGAGUUCAAAUCGAUGAAAAUGUCAAAAUCUUCAAAAAAGUGCACUUAGUGAGUUUUACCUCUUAUAGGACGAAAUGAUGAUUAGUUUUUGAAAAAAUAUGUAAAGAUACUUUUGGUAUAAAACACACCGAGAAGUAAUCAAAAACAUUUGAUAACAAGUAGCCGUUUAAAACGGAAUACCUUAUGGACAUAUUUACAGAUGAUGAUAGAUGACGUUAGAAACCGACUGAAUAAUAAUAAUACCAAACAUGUGAUACAAAAAUAACCUUUUAACACGGAAUGCAUGUCUAUAUUGACAGCUGAUAACAUUUGAUCAAAAGUAGUCAUUUAGUAGACAGAUGACGUUAGGACUGACUGAAUAAUAAUACAAUAAAACAUGUGAUAAAAAAAUAACCGUCUAACACGGAAUGCAUGCCUAUAUUACAAGCCGAUGACAGAUGACGUCAGACACUUUGAAUUUUAAUGUUUAUGUAUCUUUUGAAAAUUAUUGUAUUUGUCUACACACCAAGGUGGGAUUGUAACAAAUUACCAAGAUUGUGUCCAUGAUGUACCAAAGUUUCUGCUAACAAUGACAUAAAAUACUUUAGUUCGAUUGAUAUAUCCAAAAAUAGUUUUUAUGUAGAACAAUAGUUUUAGAAUGAACUGAGAAUAUAUUAUUUUAAUCACAAACAUUAUUUUAGUGCCUUACUUUUUUAAUUCAAAUAUGUUUGUUUUUUUUUUAAUUCGUUGACUGCCAAUACGGUAUAGAAAGUAAGCAAAGGACACCGCACACAUCUUAUGGAAAAUAUAAUGUCACUCAAAUUGAAUAAAAUUGAUAUGAAUAGAUUCGUUUCAAAUUAACGGUCAAUUCUUAUCAUUGCGCCAACUCUGAAUUUUCAAUAAUAAGAGCAGAAAUUGAUAUAAAUAAAUCUGAAAUCAAAUGGGUAUUUACAUAAGUUAGAGAGAGAAAAAAUAUUUUAAAAUACCCAAAUUAUCGGUACUUCAUAAAUCUUCUCGGGCUAUUAAGCAUCGUAUUAUAAUAGUUUCACUAAUCCGCAUAGGCCCAGCGGAGUUUAAGCUGUUUUGAAUAGCACCCAGAGCAAUAGUGAUUGUACCUGACACUUUUAUAGACUCUAAAAAUGUGAUUUCGAUAAACUUUAAUUGCAAUUUGCGCCGUAAUUAAUCAUAAUUAAGAGUUGGCGCAAUGCUAAGAAUUAACCGUUAAUUUGAAACGAAUCUAUUCAUAUAAAUUUUAUUGAAUUUGAGUGACAUUAUAUUUUCCAUAAGAUUUGUGCGGUGUCCUUUAUUUUUGUGCCAAUUUCUCGUGCACCAUUUUUUUCUUGUAUCAACAGUAAAAUUAUUUGCAGAUAGAAGAUGAAAACAACAAUAUUUAGAAAGCAAAAACUUUAGUCAACAGAACGUAAUGUAUUUGAAAAAAAAAAGUUCCAACUUUAACUCGCGUCAUUCUAGACUUGUUUUUACUAAAUUUUAUCGUGUUUUUGUCGAACGCUAUUUUUAUAAGAAGUUUUUUUUUUCGUUUUAUGGCAUAGACUUGGAUGUCAAUUAGCCAGUCACAACUUCUUUGUUUUCUAUUCAUACAUAAAGAAGGCAGUGAGGUCUUUGAUAGCAAACUCUUCCGCAGCUCUCUACUCAGUUCAAAAGCUGGAGUUGGCGGCUAUGGACUGUCCAAGUUGCUCACCACAUUUUUCCAUUAUCUUCUUCUUCUUCUUCUUCUUUUUUCAUAUGUACAUAAUAUAUCAAAUUAUCAGGAUUAAUAAAUUUAGAGGUUAAUUUUAGUUUCAGAGAUAAAUUUCAUUAAACAAUCAUAUAUAUAUAUAUAUAUAUAUAUAUAUAUAUAUAUAUAUAUAUAUAUAUAUAUAUAUAUAUUUUUGCUGUUCAGAGACAAUAGAUAGGAUACAUUGAAAGGUGGAAAAACAUUACAUUUUAUUAAAUCUUCGAUUAAAUUAUAGGUGUAUGGAAUGUAUUUUGUGUACUCAAAGAAAGUGUGAUUCAAAUCACCCACCUUCUGACAUUCAGUACAAAGAUUUGAAUCAAAAACUUUAAUUCUUGCUAGAUGUAGAGGGAAACAUGCAUGUCCAAACUUCAUUCUGAUUAAUGUUGUUAUAUAUCUUCGAGGUACUACAUAAUUUUAAAGACGUUAAAUAGAUAUUUUAUUCUAUAACAUAAAAAAUAAUAUGUAUCAAGAAAACAGUAUGAAUCAAAAUAUAUUUAUUCUUAGUUAAAAAAAUAUAUGCUGUUGCUAGAACGGCUCUUUUCAGUGUACACCAGAAUUUUAUUUAAUAAAAAUAAUAUAUUAUUGAUUAUUAAAACCAAAUCUAUUAUAACUAUCUGACUACUGUAAUAUGUAUGUUGAUCGCAGUUUCACUAAUAGGCUGUUUUGAAAACAUGAAAAUUAGUUGGAAUCUACCUUAUACUUGUUGCUGUUUUACUUGACAACGGGGAUAAUAUCAUAAGGGAAAACAACUCUCUGUUUUCCUUAUGUAUCUCGAAUGAUAUUUAAAGGUGUCUUACUUUGUUUCUAAUGUUCGUCCCACCUUGACUUUACAGUAUAGGGAACAUAGGCAAUGCAGUCCUUAUGAGAGUUUUUAGCGCGGUGAUGCCGAUUUUAUCAAAAAUAAUUUGUAAUCGAACAUUAGAGGUAUUAAAUUAAAACUAUUUUAGAAAGACAAUAUACAAUUUUAAGAUUCGUAUGCGUUUAAGGUUAUUUGAUAUACUACAGUUAUUACACAUAUGAAUCCUAAAAUUGUAGAUUGCCUUUCUAAAACAGUUUUAAUUUAAUCUAUCUAAUGUUCGAUUACAAAUUGUUUUUAUAAAAUCGGCAUCACCGGGCUAAAAACUCUCAUAAGGAUUGCAUUGCCUAUGUUCCCUAUACUCUAAAGUCAAGGUGGGACGGACAUAGAAUCGUGUAUAAAAAUCGGUACUAGAAACCUUUCAAAAAGAGUUCUUAAAAACAGGUUUCCAAAAACACGGUUUUUUGGAAGCAAGGUAUAAAUUUGGAAAAUGUGAAGAAACAAGGUAAAAAUUUCCCAAAAUAAAAUCACUAAAUAUUUCACUUUGGACAUAGAAUCAGAUCCAUCAUACCAAUGGUACUACAGCCCAAAUCAGGCCUUGGCCUAAUUCAGCAAGCUUCUCCAAUCAUUUCGAUUUACUGCUGUUCUUUUCCAUGAACGCCUUUUUAGUAGGUGUUUGGCAUCCUCAUCUACUUCUAUUUUCACCUCUUUUUUAGUCUUCCAACAGGUCUUUUUCCUUGCAUUAUUGCAUUUAGCAAUUUGAUGGGGAUUCCUUUCUCAUGCAUGCCGACCGCGUUCCCUGCCCACCAUAAUCUCUGCAGUUUAAUGUAUUGUGCUAGUGUUGGUUCGCUAUAUUGUUCGUACAUUUCUUUAUUAUACCUAAUUCGCCAGUUAUUUUCACUUCUUGGGUAUCCUACGUAAUAUUUUUCUUUCAAAAACGUCUAAUGCGUUGGCAGAUUUCUGUGUCACAUCCCAUCUUUCACACCCAUAACUAAUAACUUACGAUAGGCCUGAUUAUUGUAUUCUAGACCCGGAGUUUUGUUUUCCGGUGUACGUCUGGCGAUUUGAAUAUGUGGCCCAUCCCGAAAUAGGCUUUGUUUGCCUGCCAGCAUAAGUCUUCUAUUUAUUUCCGGUUCUUCUUCAUUGUUUACGACCCAUUCCCAAGUAUAUAUGUAUGUACGUGAAUAUAUUCAUGUGUUCUAUAUCGUCUCCUAGAAUCAGAGGUUACAUUAAAAAUUUAAGGCUUACCUACCUGAUAGGCGACAUGUGGUCAAAAAGAGGUUAGGUUUCGAGCAGAUCUAAUAAAUAUGCAGGAACUAUAAAUACUUGACGAGCAAGAUAUUAUCAGAACAUCAUCCGCUUUCAAUAUUGCACAUCCGACGGCUACUAAAAGGCAACUGUCUAUGUCUAUGUCAUAUUUCCGUGUCGUUUGUCACAUACAUAUGUACUUUGGAAGCUUCCUAUUCUGAAAUGAAAACGUUAAUAAUAAAGGAAAAUUAAUGAUAUUAACAAUUUACUUUAUUACUUGUGUUUUACUCCACAAAGUUAGGUAAAAAAAACAAAUAAAACUAUUUUGAACAAUGGAGUAACAUAGGUUACUCCGAAUGUGUACAUUAUUUGCCAAUUCGAUUAAAAAUCAAUGGUUAAAAACUCAAUACAUUACGAUUUUCGAACAAAUAGUUCAAAAUUUGUUUUGUAUAAUUGCAUAAACAAAAUACAAACAACGAUGCAGUCAACGUGUUAAAAUUGUAAGAACUUGAAGCUCUAUGUAGUGAAUAUUGGGAAACGUUGUUAACGAGAAAGUUAUUUGAUUUUCGCUUACCAGGAGUAAUCUGAUAAACUGUUGCUUUAGUAUGGGGUGUUUCAUUUGUUAAAAUAUUAGCAACAAAUGAAGCUAGUUUCGUUAUUUUCCGUAAGGAAAUUAUCCUAAUUAGACGUCUUAUAAUAGAAGAAUAGUGUUUUAUUGUUACACCCUAUACAAGUAUCUCUCUAGAAUUAAAUAUUGUAUGUUUUAUCCUAUUGUAUAAUCUUAUAGAACGGCAUAAUGUUUUAUGUCUUAUAUAGUUGUUAUCCCUUUAUACAUCGACAGUUCUUUUUUAAUUUUUGGAAGUUUUUUUAAUAAUAUGUAACUUGAUAGAAAUACUAAUAACACUUGUUCUGUACAGUGAAGUGAAACAAAACAUUAUAAUUUUGUUAACAAAGUAUAUAGUUGUUAUGAACAAAUGUAAAAUCUUUAUUUUUUUUUGUUUGAUAAUUAUAUAAUAUACAGCAUACAAAAAGUA